UGUAUCGUCGAAUCUGAAAAAACCAGUGGUGGUAAUUGAUCGGACGGCGUGAGGCAACGUUUAUACAAAUUACUCCAUUUUCAGUAGUUCAGAUUUUGCAGAAAGCUGAGAAGCAGAAGCUAAGAUGAUUUAUCGGUUAAAUAAUCUACUGUUGAAGAGUCCACUGUAAGUGUUAAGCGCCGGCAUGUGUACGGGGUCGGACUCGGGUUUGGGUUCGGAUUCUAAGUCGGAUCCCGACUCAAACGGGUGGAGCCGAGCUCGUGGAGCGGUCCUCAAGUCGCUGGUGCUCGUCGGAGGCGCCUUAUUGCUCCGGCGGCUAACUAAGUCGACCACACGUUGGGACCAUGCUCGAAUUGUCGCAGAGUCACUUAACGGUGAAAAGUUUUCAAAGGAGCAAGCGGUUAGGGAUCCUGAUAAUUAUUUUAAUUUCAGAUGGCUUUCCUGUCCUGCUGCAGACAUGGUAGAUGGCUCUAAGGUUUUAUAUUUUGAGCAGGCAUUUUGGCGAACACCGCAUAAACCCUUUAGACAGAGAUUUUUCAUGGUCAAGCCUUGUGCAAAGGAGUUGAAAUGUGAUGUUGAGGUAAGCACAUAUGCUAUCAGAGAUGCAGAGGAGUACAAGAACUUCUGUGAUCGCCCUAGAGAUCAGCGUCCACAACCCGAAGAAGUUAUUGGGGAUAUUGCUGAACAUUUGACUACCAUUCAUCUAAAGCGCUGUGAGCGUGGGAAACGAUGCUUAUAUGAAGGUUCAACACCAGCAGAUGGAUUUCCUAAUUCAUGGCAGAAUGGUGCGACAUACUGUACCUCAGAACUUGCUGUGUUGAAGAAUAAUGAGAUACAUGCCUGGGAUAGAGGUUUUGAUGAUGAUGGCAAUCAAGUUUGGGGUGUAAAAGGAGGUCCUUAUGAAUUCAAGCCUGCUCCUUCUUCAAGUUUUAACGAUGUGCUGAAUCCUUUGAGUUUUGCUUCACAACCACUGGGGAAAAGAAUAGAGGGUUCAUUUGUCCUCCAGGAAUGAUUUCUUGUUAUAUAAUCCUCCCCCCCCCCCCCCCCCCCAACAAACUGCCCACAUCUUGUAAAUUAUAACUCAACUAGGUAAUUUAAUCUUUCAAGGCUUUUGAACAACAUUUCCAAUAAUCGACUGUUGUAAGAAAUAAAAAGAGAGUAAAUUUUAAUAGGUUUUAAGAACAUUUCAACAGAAA